AUGCAAUCGAAUGACUCGACUAAAGUUGGGGUACCUCAUCGGCGCUGCCCUUCUGAAAAUAUUGUGGUGGAUGCAGUUCCGCUUAGGCAGAUUGCCCCUGCGCAUAGCAAUGAUGACGGGUUAUGCCACCUCUCCCGGGAAUCGCUUAUCCAGUUGAGGAAGACUCGGGUGACAGGCUCGGGAGGCGGAGGGAAAGUGGCGGAGAAGCAGAAACAGCCGCCGAAGGGAGAGAUAGGGAAGAUGAAAGGCAAUGAGCCGGAGUUGGAUCUGAAAGGGGUGGAAAAAUUGAUUCCAAAUUCUGAGUCCAAACCAUCAAAAAAAAUUAUGAGUCCUGGGAAUCGGCUGAAAUGA